AAGCCAUGGGACUUCACUACUAUGGCAGAUAAAAACAAAAAUACCGACGAUGAAUUUGCUACGGUUCACGAAACAGACAGUUCGUUUCAGGACAAUUUUCAAACGCGUAUAUUUAAGAUAAUUGUUAUUGGUGACUCAAAUGUUGGAAAAACAUGUCUAAGUUAUAGGUUCUGUGCCGAUAAAUUUCUUAAAAACCCCGAAGCAACAAUAGGAGUUGACUUUAGAGAAAGGACCCUCAGACUGGAUGGCGAAAAUAUCAAGUUGCAGAUCUGGGACACAGCUGGACAGGAGCGGUUCCGAAACAGUAUGGUGGAACAUUAUUACCGCAAUGUCCACGCUGUCAUCUUUGUCUAUGAUGUGACCAGUCUGGCAUCUUUUGAGAGUCUGCCGGAGUGGAUUGAGGAAUGUGGGCGCCACUCUGUCCCUCCUACGGUACCCUGCAUCAUGGUGGGGAACAAAUGUGACUUAAGAAGAAUCGAGGUUCCCACCUCUCUGGCACAGCGACUCGCUGACGGCUACAAUUUCCCCCUCUUUGAGACAUCUGCGAAGGACCCGGCUGAAAAGGCGCAUGUAGAUGCCAUUUUCCUCACCUUGGCCUACAAGCUGAAGAGUCACAGGCCCCUGAGACUGAAACAGCCAAGUGGAAACAUUGCAGUGCACCUGACCAGUGUGCGGGAAGAGAAGAAGCUCUGUUUCUGCUAAGCUACUGUGGCCAUAAUAGUCAUAAAGUACCUAGUGACAGAAUUCAAAGGAUUUAAAAAAGAGUAGAGCAAGGGGCACUUUUUGUUCUUACAUUUGAAUUGUGUAGCUACAUGAAGUGCUCGUUAGAAAAAAAUACACAUUUUGUUUGUUAUCAUUACAGUUUGAGAUCAGUCUACCAAUAACCCAGUGAUCAUGACAUGAUAUCGUGACAGAAUUAACUCCUCGAUUUUAGGAGUUAAAAAGGGACAUUGUUCAUUCUUCAUUCAUUCCACAUUAUAAAACAGUUACAAUACAUUCAUAACAGUUGAAAGAUUAUUUUUGGAAUUAAUCUGGAUCUAAACUUUCGUCCACAAAUAAGAGAAACUUUUCAAACCAUGAGAAUAUUAUCAAGUUUUAAACACAAUUUAUGUUUACCAAGGAAGGAUAUUCAAGAAAAGCACUUUGUUAUCUGCAUGACAACACAGUAUAACUAACAUAUUACUUUAAGUAACAUUUCUUAAAAUGCUAUCCUUUGUUAAGUUCAGAACUAUUUCCAUGUUUGUCAUAGAUGUGAUUAUACGACAAGAACAGGUCCCUUGAUGAUCUGACACUGCAAUGUAUAUUUUAUGUGUCGAACAAGUCUGUCAUAAAUGUGUAAUUACUCAGUAUAAAUAAUAAACAUUAAAAGGUCAAAUGGAAAUAAUUCAGAAAUCUUGUUAAUACAAAAUUGUGACAACACUGGGUAUUUGGCAACAUCUGAGAAUUUGAGUCUUUUAUUUUAGACAUUAAAAUCAUUCAAAUAUUUUGGGCCUGUGAACUGAAGAAAUUGUUCUGUCCCCCAUAUAACAAAUGUUAUCUUGUAUGAUAUUCAGUGUGGAAUUACAUUACGCAUGGGCUUUAAAAGUCACCCAGAAAGUGCCAGUGCAAAUAUAUGUCUUGUUUUCUCAUUAGUCUAGCUCCUAAAUUAGACACUGAAGGUCUGAUUAAAUUUUAAAACUGU